UAAAAAUUGGGUUGUAGCUGUUUGUCUGUGUUGCCACGAUUGGAAAGAGGUAUGGUUUGCUGUGUUAGAACCAUUCACUUGGGAGUUAUUGAUCCCGGAAGUUUGAUUAUGUGAAUAUGUUUCUAGCUUUACCACAGUCUCUUUUGCGUUUUGCGAGGGAACGCAAAACUAAAUUCUUUCUUCUUGGCUUCGUGGCUUUGGAGUUACCGCGAGAGCGCAGCUGUUUCCACGCUAGCCAAAGUGCUACCUGUCCUGGAAGCACUGGUGGAGAGAAGAAAUAAACUUCUCAACGACAGAUCGAGUCUGCCGCAAGUCCACCACGCCAUUGGAGAAAGCUGAAGACAGAAGGUCUUCAAGUUUCAAUGGAGGCCAAACCCAGGCAGGACGUACUACGGAAGUAAAUGCUCGCAUGAUAAGGGACUCAAGAGGACGAUCGCCUGCAUGGAUGAAGAGCAUCCACGCACACAUUCCAGUAUCAACAUCCGAUCCCAGCUGCGACAGAUCCUGCACAUAGAAGACCUGUAUCGGAAGAAUAAGGUUCAGAGUUCCCCGUUGAGGACUUUGCUGGAGAUCAUCAUCAGGCAUCACAUUGAAGGCGCUAAAGAUGACAAGAUGGCGUGUAACGAAAGUGAAUGGUUGACGUCUGCUUUAAUAAUCAGCCGUGUCUCUCCUGCAAAGACGUCACUGCAGAUGAAUGACACCAACACAGAACGUGCAGCCUCCGUUCUUUCCUGUGAGCACACGGAGUUAAGGUCACAUGUCAGUGACGUGUCGCCCACACCAAGCGAUGCAGACAUGAAAGGGGGGUCGUGGGUUGAUGCCUCCGUGAAUGAAAAAGGCCAGUCAAAGGCUGAGCACUUUGUGGUCGGUGAACCUGAAAAGAAGCCCCCUGAAAUCAUCAGGAGCAGACCCCAUCGAAUACGGCGUGGCAUGUUGGCCGGACCGAUAGCCAGCACCCUUCAGGAAUCAAACAAACAGAGGCUGAGUCGACGGGUGGCUGCGCCUCAGCUGCUGCCCAGGAAAGAGGAGGACACCACGCAGUCUCGGGAUGGACUGUCAGUGACCCGUUUACACCAAAAAGGCUCAGAAAAGUCCAGCAGUGACACAACACAAAGAGUGCAGGCCUCGGAAAAAGUCGGAGACACGACACCAGGCAGACACGACAGAACAAUCGUGAGGCCCAAGACGCAGCCACACGCACAACAUUUGUCUGUGAUGGUGUUAGAUGACGUUGAUGACGAUCUGCCGGAGUUGUCCAACAUGUCCAUGAAGACCGGCAGCGCUGCUGCGAGAGGCCACCCAAUGGACCAGCACACUGCCUCGGAAUUGAAAGCAGUUCUUCUUGGCUCUUGUGCCAAAUGUUUCAGUGUCGAGUGGAGGAACCAGGCUUUCACCUUCUCCGAAACGCAUGACCUGAGAUAUGGAAUUGUUCAGAAAAAGGGUGGUCCAUGUGGGGUCCUAGCUUCCAUUCAAGCCUUUGUUUUAAAGAAACUUCUCUUGGAAAGCACGGACAGUGCCAAUACCAGACUCCAGAGUUUAAGACCGACUAAUGCAGCCAGACGAAAAUGUCUGAGUUUAGCUGUGGCUGAAGUACUGUGGAGGGCCGGGGAGGAGAAGGAAGCCACAGUUGCAAUAAACACGGGAAGAAAUGUUUUCACGCCAAGUGGACACUACAAAUGUGAAGGAGUGCUUGAAAAGGUCACGUGUUUCACAGUGGACAGCAUGACGGAGCUGCAGGUGCUGGUGGAGCAGCAUGUUGAUCAGUUUGAGACAGGGGAGCUGGGGUGUCUGCUGCUCACCGUGUCUGCUGUUCUCUCUCGAUCCAUCGCGAAGGUGAGAGAGGACAUGGACGUGGCCACCACCGCUCUCAUUGGAGCUCAUGGCUACUGCACUCAGGAGCUUGUCAACCUGUUGCUGGUGGGCCAGGCAGUCUCCAACGUCUUUGACGGCAACGUGGAGUUGGACCCGGGAAAAGGCAACUCAACCCUUCUCAAGGGAAUCAAAGGUCCUUGUAACGUCGGCCUGCUGUCCUUGUUUGAGCAUUACAACAUCUUUAAGGUUGGAGACUAUCUGAAGAACCCUCGUUUCCCGGUGUGGGUGGUGUGCAGUGAAAGCCACUUCAGUGUGCUGUUUGGCCUGCAGGGGGGGCUGUUGACCAAUCAGGAUGAAAAGCAGCUGGCGUUUGACCUCUACUACUAUGAUGGACUGGCCAAUCAGCAGGAGGAGAUCCGCCUCACUAUAUCUGUGGGCAAGUGGACGGAGAGUCGUGAAGAUGCGGACGCUGAUCUCAUCCCACCGCUGGAGCUGUGUAUCCGAACAAGGUGGAAAGACGCCUUAGUGGCUUGGAAUGACACGGAGCCCAUUCUCUGACUUGCUGGAUGAGUUUCAGUGUACACUUGCACACAUCAACUCUUUUAUUUGAUUUCACGAUGCAUUCAUUGAGCGUUGCCUUUUAUUUUUCUUCACUCAACACCCUAGCUGCAACCCACAUGGGUGUCUGAUUAGAAGACACCACCAAAAUACACCUCAUUCAUGCUGAAGGGGUGAAUACCCAUGCUAUUAUUUCAUAUGAAGAUGUUUUUAUUGAAAUGCUUCAUCUUUGGGAUGGAUGUAGAAGAUAAUAGUUUGAUUGUGCACGUGCACGAGGAGGGCUUUCUCUCAGUUUAUUUGAUGAUGAGCAUUAAUAUUGAUGACAGAAGUGAUAUACCUUUCUGUUUGCCCUAAUCAUAAUUGAUGUAAAUGUUUAGUCUAAUAAUAAUAAUGUCCAAGUUUAGUGAGGUUUUGGCCUUACUAAACGUACUGCUGAACUAUUUCUGUACACAUACUUGCUGAUAAUAUAUACUGUAGAUUAUAGGAAAAUAUGAGUUCAACAACAGUGUAUGUACAGUAUAGUCGCUCCUUGCCAUUUCCCGGCUCAAAGACCUCACCCUCACUCAUCACAUUUUUUCAAAAAUUCAUUAAGAAAUGGUCGCUGUUUUGUGGUUGCCUACAGGCUAUUUUUAGUACAAAAAUUGCAUAAAUAAGCAAAUGUGACAUAUUCUUGGCUUAAAAUUAAGCAUUUCCAAGCAUAAAAAUGGCUAAAUGAACUAAGAACUGUAGUCUACACCGGCCACUAGGUGUCACUAGCAACACAUCACACUUUGGUUUUCAUCCUAGUGUAAUGGCGGCUGAAUAACUGCACGUCAGGAUGGCUAUAUUCAGUUGGCCAUUUAUUUUCAAAAGUACAGAAACACUUACAGAUGCAGGAGCACUUAGCCACACGUGUGUGAAACAGCAACACUUCCUUCACUCUCACUCUACGCCUUUUUUCCUCCAAAACACUUGCUCCUACCAACAUGCUGGACCCGACUGCCCCCUAUAGCUCACACACCAAAACCACAGCUAGGAGCAACACAAUAUACCCGUCACUACACUAACCCCUCCCUAUAAAGGCCCUCGCCCCGAGAGCACCAAAAAUUAACAACCAACGAGGAACACUUAACAAAACAAUACAACACACUCAAGUGCUCCCCUCAACAUUGUGACCCACAUAGUCUCUGAGAUACCGUGGCGGCCUUCUCCUCCUCCUUGGCCACCCCUGCCGAUGGUGAGACGGGCUGCCUCACCUCGGGCGUUGCCACCCCAGGUGGCUCACCCACAUGAGUCCGGAGAGGCGAACGUCCCUCCUCAGUCUCUGGUGCUGAUGGAGCCCCACGGCCCGCCACUGCGGGUUCUUGCACUCCCCGGUAUGGCGCCAGGCGAUCACGAUGAAGGACCACUUUUCUUUUCCUUGGUCACUAUUCAGUGUCUCCGGAACGCCAAAACGACUAAACAUUCCCUCUAUCAAGGCAGUGGCGACUGUCUCUGCUUCUUGGUCGGCCAGGGGGUACGCCUCUGGCCACCUUGUGAAGUAGUCGAUGGCUGACAGGACAUACCGAUUCCCCCGGUCAGAGCGUGGCAGUGGCCCCACUAUGUCGACUGCCACUCUUUCCAUGGGCGCCCCCAUGAGGGCCCGCUGCAGCGGGGCACAGGAACGGCCAGGCGGGCCCUUCCUCGCUGUACACAGGUCACAGCGUCUGCAAAAAUCCUCCACAUCUCUCCUGCAGUGGCCCUAGUAGAAACUUUGGCGCAGGCGCCGCAACGUCUUAGCCACACCAAAGUGUCCGGAACCAACUGCCCCAUGCAUGGCAUUGAGCACAGGCUCUUGUAGACUCUUUGGGACAACCACCUGCCACCUCUUUUCUCCCGUCGCCGGCUCCUUCCACGCUCGUUGCAGCACCCCUUGACUCUGACGCAGUGUCUCGAACUUGGACCACAGGCCUUUAGUCCCUGCUGACAUGUGGGCUAUCUCCUCCCAUGCUGGACGUUGCUGAGACUCCACCCACCUCCGGACUGGCUGCAGGUCUGCAUCCCCCUCUUGCUGCUGCUCCCAUUCGGCGACUCCUACCAUCUGGAGUUGCCUGACCAUCACUCCUGUGGCUCGGCACUCUUAACACGCCACCACCCACUUCCUCCAGCAGCUCUUCCUCCCACGCCUCUCUCCUUUCACAAUAGCGACAGCCCUCUGCAGCGCAAGGCCGGUGGGACAGCGCGUCUGCGCUGGAGUGGCGUGUCCCAGCUCUGUGCUCCACCUUGAAGUCGUAGGCCUGGAGCUCUUCAAGCCACCGGGCCACUUGCUCUUCUGGCUCUUUGAAGGUCAUCAGCCAGCUGAGAGCCGAGUGGUCUGUCCUCACCCUGAAAGGCUGGCCACAUAAGUAAUAUCUAAAAUGUCUGAUGGACAGCACCACGGCCAGCAGCUCUCUGCGGGUGACACAGUAGCGCCUUUCAGCCUUGCUGAACACUCUGCUGAAGUAGGCCACGACCCGCUCGCCUUCAGAUGUGGGUUGCGCCAGCACUGCUCCUAUUCCCUCUCCACUAGCAUCUGUGUCAAGGAUGAAGGGCAAGUUGGGGUUCGCUGGUGCUAGCACUGGGGACUCACUCAGAGCUUGCUGGAGACUGCUGAAUGCUUUUUGGAACUGGUCAGACCACUGUUGGGCAUUUGCAAUCAGCUCAAAUUGGGCGUGAAAAGCUUCCCAGUCAGCUUUGCCAGAAUAUUUGGGCGUUUUCAAACACAUGGUCACAGCUGCACGUGCUGAGCCAUCCCCCGCGUUGCUCUCUAUGCAUGCUGCACGGCCGGCACUCAUGGCCGCCGGUGAUCGCCCCUUGCUGGCUGGCAUGUCGACAGCCUCUCUCAGCCUCCUUCCACUCUUCCCGACAAGCUCUCACUCUCUCUCGGCGCGCUCUCUGUCUCCACCCAGCAGCGCUCCCUUCGCCGUCGCUCUCCGCCGCCUCCUUCACACGCGGCUCGCCUCUUCUUUGGCUCAUACUCGACGAUGCCGGCGACACGGAUAAAACACGGCGGUAGGCUCACGUUCGAAGUCACUUCUGACACCAGUGUAAUGGCGGCUGAAUAACUGCACGUCAGGAUGGUACGGAGCCCUGAGACCGGAGCGCAGAGACCGUCUACAAAUGUCUUCUUCAUCUGUAUUAUGACGGUUGGCAUCAAUGUUGACAACUCCUCAGAAAGACAAGUAUCUAUAGCAGGGGUCACCAAAGUGGUGCCCACGGGCACCAGGUAGCCCCCCACGACCACAUGAGGUGCCCGCAAGCCUGCUUUUCAUUCAGGUUUCCAGUUAAUAAUGAAAGAACAGUAGAAAGAAAUGCAUUCUGAAAUACAAAAUGUGAGUUGUGGACACCAGCAUUUUGUUAAUGUUCUGGUAAAACAAGCAUAUUUGCUUUGUUUGGGUUUAAAAUAAGCUCUGAAAAAAAAUGUUACAAAAAUGAGUAGCUCUUGGCUUCAUUUUGUAAAAGUAGCUCCCACAAGGAAAAACGUUGGUGACCCCUGAUCUAUUGGCUGUCCUGGAAGGCCAUAGAUGACGUUGUUGGCGAGUUUGCAUGUUUUUUGCAAAUUAUGUUGACUUGGUGAGUUUUGUGGUCCUACUCCUCACAGAAGUGAUGUAGGAGCCUAAAUACUCUUUAAGUUGAUUGAUAUUAGGAUAAAAGGUGAUUUAGGUUUAUUCAGCUAAAAAUUGGCUACUUACAUUAUUUACAAGUGAAAUGUUGAUAGUUCAUAUAUAGAGUAAGUUAAUAGUUAAUUCAUCGUACUUUGUGUGUGGAUAGUUUAAGGUGUACUAUUUCAUAUAGCAUUCUAAUAUUGAAGAAAUGUUUUGACUUUCCUAUUUAAUGUAUGUACAUCUUUAAUUGCUUUGACCCGGAAGUAUCUAUAAGGUGAUGUAACCUGGAAGGGCAAUUAUUAGGUAUAGUGGAACGGAGCCACACAGUUUUUUGACCUCUCUCUCCAUCUCGCUCUCAUUCUCUUUUUAUUUGUCUUUAGAAACUCUCGUUUUGUAUUUUUGUUACUUUAGAAUGUUGUUUGUUCUGCAAGUAAAGUGAACCAAACGAAGAGGAGUUUUCUGGAGUGUUUUUUGCAUGCUGCUGCUAGCAGAGGAGCACGAGGGAAGAAUUGGGAGCGUCAAGCUAAGGCUUCGGAGGAACCUACAAGUGACUUUAUUAACAACCUAAUAAAAAUUGCCCUAAAUUAUGUAAAAGUCCAUUUUCACAAACUUGUUGUUGCUUCUUAUAUAUGUUUGUAGUUCUUAACAUAAUCAAAGUGUUUUUAUUUACUUUGUUAAUCUAUCAUAUUUAUGUUACUCUAUCAUACUUGUUUUUUUUCCUACAUCUCUUACAACAUAAUUUACAAAAAACAUGCAAACUCGCCAACAACGUCAUCUAUGCCUUCCAGGACAGCCAAUAGAUACUUGUCUUUCUGAGGAGUUGUCAACAUUGAUGCCAACCGCCAUAAUACAGAUGAAGAAGACAUUUGUAGACGGUCCCUACUCGGCACAACACCGGCUUCUCAUAGAGAUCAAUAUAAGUCAGACUGCACAGAACACGGCUCGUUUUGAUAAAAACUGGGUUAUAACUGUUUGUCUGUGUUGCCACUGUUGGAAAGAGGUAUGGUUUGCUGUGUUAGAGACAUUCACUUGGGAGUUUUGAUCCCGGAAGUGUGAAUAUGUCAAUAUGUUUCCAUCUUUACCAGUCGCUUUUGCGUUCCCUAGCAAAACAGUUUUGCGUUAUCUCGCAAAAGUUUUUUUUUUUUUUUUUUA